UAUGAAUCGAGUUUUAGACAAAUAUUAAAUUUUAAGAUGUGUAGGUUAAGGAAAAACUUGUUUGUAUUGAAUUUAAAUUACUUAAGUGUUUAUGAGGCACAAACAAUAGAUUAGCCAUCAAUGAAAGUGGCUAUUAAAGAAUGCAAACCAAUAAGAAUUGAUUAGUUGAAUAUAAAUAAUCCUUUAUAUUAAAUCAUUUCUAAAGAAAUCAGUUUUUUAUAAUAAAUAGAGAAAAUAAUAUAAUUAGAAAAGGGAACUCAAGAUUUUUAACAUAUUAAUAGAUUAAAGUAAUUUAAUAUUCAUAACUCAAAAGGGAUGUUUUACAAUUGGCAGAUAAACACUCAGUAAGUAUCCUCUUGGUUUUAGAGUAUGCUAAAAAUGGUUGUGUAUGAAAUGUUAAAAUGAAUAGGUAAUUUAACAGAUUUUCUAUGUGAUAAUCCUUGGGUCCCUGAAUAAAUAGCUUAAGCAUACAUAUUAUAAAUUACGAAAGGUAAACAAUAUAUAAAAAUGGAGCUUUGAAAAUAUUGCAUGAU